AUGCUCGAUUGGGCGAGAUCGGCCCUCAUAUGGGUCGUCGGUGACUCGCACAACCCGCUGACCGAGGCGAAAACGAUAGGUCGGCCCCAACAAGUCAAUAAGGCGCAACACCCUGGCGAUGCGCAGGUUGCAAGUGGCAGAGAAGGCUCGCAGAUCUGGACUCGCUCCAGCAGGGGUGUGAGAGGUACUUCGGGGCAUGAAGCAGGUGAGGACUACCUCUCAGGACUUGGUGAUGCGGACACGCCUAUGGUAAAAGAAGAGACCAUGUCGCCGCCUUUUGAUGGCAGGAGAAAGGCUCUUAUCGAUCGUGAACGAAUGCCGCCGCCACCACUGAGCAAGCCACCGCGUGAUAGAUCUCCACUUUCGGCAGACGCAACUGCCGCACCCUCAACAUACAAUGGUUCAGUCAUGGCAGAAACCAUGCCAAGCACUGCUGGUCGAUUAAUGACUGCUGGCAUCGAAGACCACGAACUUGCUGAACGCGCUAGGCGAUACCAAGAAGCUUUCAAGAUCCCAGCGAAUUCGGGUCUAUGGUAUCAGAGCGAAGCAGGUCUUUACUAUCAUCUUGGUCUUCGGAGUUUCGAACCCCUCCUUCCGGCCUCCUGGAUGGUCGACUUCAAGACUUUCCCUGUUGUACUCUUCGAGAGAGAUCUCGAGGCAGACUGCUUGAUCCGCAAUAUCUUCGGUCCACAGUUCCACGCUAUUCGCUCCCUUCGUGAGCUGAUAGAGACUGGCAACCGUGUGAGGGAUCUCAUCUCAGCGAGGCACAAGACGUCAAGGGUGCAACAGUCCAUUCAGCAUUCACUUAAGGAAUAUCUCCAAUGGGCGCUGCACGAUGGCGACCUCUACGAAACCUCCAGCAGCAAGCCAGUUCAUGUAAUCGCCAAACGCCGCUCCAAACAGUCUACCGUCGAUGCAAUUGCUCACCUAGCUGACGAGAUGACCAUCGUUCUGCAACAGCAUGCUCGUCGCUACGUCGAAGAACACGAUUACGUCCUCAACCCACCCCCAAUUGCUGGCAAAGAGCCUGAAGCCGAAAUACAUGACGAUUCACCAGGCAAAAAUCCACCCGUCAUCAUCGGGUUCCUGAUCGUCCAGACUACCGUGUCCGUCUUUACUCUCAACGCACUCAAUGCUCAAGCCGCUGAGCUGAGCGACCACGAAGGUCGUGGUAUUCACAUGCUCGGGCGCUUCAAUUUCCUGGAAGACGGUAUGGAUGUAUGGAACGCUUUAGCUCUAGCCAUCUGCUGCUGCCAUCUUCGCAAUGGUCUGCUUGCUACUGCAAUUGCCACGCCCGAGCUGCAGGAGCGCAUAGGUCUGGACGGCGACGAUAAGAAGCUCGAUCACGGCAGAAUUGCCGGGUAUGUCAGUCGUGCGGAGUACGAGGCUGCGAAGAAGCGAAAACAUGAGGACGAGCAUGAGGCUAGCUCAGACAUCAUUGAUGUGAGUACUAGGAGUCGUGGAAGCUCGGCAUAUGAUGCAGAGUGCAAUGGUGCUACAUCCCGCGAGCUAAGCGGGAAGCCCAAGAGGAAAGCAAUGCAGCAGAAAGGACAUGGUAGAAAGCGGGUCAAGAAGACUCCUGACAGCGAUCCGGACCUUUAA